ACCAUUCACCUUGCGAGGCUUGAACCAAAUGGAAUGCUGCAUGUAUAUGCCUAUGAUUCAUUGGAGAACACAUCUAAAGCUGUAGGUAAAUUUCCAGAUGAUGAGUGCGCUGUGAAGGGUGUAUGUGGGCUCAACAGUUACUGCACGUUCUCUGGAGGAAAGCAGGUGUGCUUGUGUUUGCCUCAUUUUGAUAAGAUCAGUGAGGAUACUCAGGCUGGAUGUCACAGGAACUUCAUUUCGACUGCCUGCCUGGGUGUUGGUGAUAAUCAUACAUACUACAACACCAUGGAUGAGGUGAAGAAUGUCCAGGGGUUCACAGAGCUUCUACCUACCAUGACAAAAUUGACAAGCAAAGACGAUUGUAGACAAACAUGCUUGGAUGAUUGCAACUGCGACAUUGCAAUAUACUACGAAAAUAAUGGUAGUUGCUCCAAAAAAUCACUGCCUUUGAAGUAUGCAUGGAAAACCACAGACACAACUGAUCCGGAUAUAGUCUUCAUCAAGAGAACUGCUCACAGGAACACAACAGUUCAAGGCCUUGAUGUUGUUCCCCGUACUGUAAUCAAGAAAGAGUUCAGUGGUGCACCUCUAAUAGUCUUCGUAGCUAUUGUUUCUGGGUUGAUCAUUUCCAAUCUCGUCUUUAUUUUCAUAGUAUUCAAGUGUCAAGUUGGAAUGUGUAGAAUGAUAUGGAGAAGCAAACAGCUGGCCUUGACGGAUGAGAUUGCGCCGAGAUCUUUCUCAUACUAUGAGUUAUAUGAGGCUACUGAAGGUUACAAGGAAGAGGUGGGGAAGGGAGCCUUUGGGACUGUGUUCAAAGGCACCUUAACGAGCACCAGGAAGUUGGUAGCAGUGAAGAAGCUUGAGAAGGUGGUGGAAGAGGGUGAAAGAGAGUUCCAAACAGAGAUGAAGGCGAUUGGAAGAACACACCAUAGAAAUCUAGUCCGACUGCACGGCUACUGCAAUGAAGGCUCUAAUAGGCUUCUAGUGUAUGAGUUCAUGAGCAAUGGAUCACUGGCUGACAUCAUCUUCAAGCCUGAUCAUCAAAACAGACCUUCUUGGAAAGAAAGGUUGAGAAUUGCAUUGGAUGUGGCCAGAGGGAUUCAUUAUUUGCACGAGGACUGUGAAACGCACAUCAUUCACUGCGACAUAAAACCGCAGAACAUUCUAAUGGAUGAGAACUGGACCGCAAAGAUAUCGGAUUUCGGGCUGGCCAAACUGCUAAUGCCUACUCAGUCAAGAACAUUCACUGGCAUCAGAGGAACAAGAGGAUAUCUCGCACCGGAAUGGCACAAGAACAUACCUAUAACUGUGAAGACAGAUGUUUAUAGUUUCGGUAUUGUGCUGCUAGAGAUCUUGUGUUGCAGAAAGAACAUGGAAUUGGAGACUGAGGCAGAUCAGAUCAUACUUUCAGAGUGGAUUUACAGUUGUUAUCUUGCAGGGGAAUUAGAGAAGGUCAUGCUGGAUGAAGAAGUAGACAUGGUGGAGUUUCAGAGGGUGGUCAAAGUGGCGCUUUGGUGCAUCCAAACUGAUCCAACUCAAUGUCCUACUAUGAAGAAUGUGAUCAUUAUGCUGGAGGGGUGUGCAGAAAUCUCUUCUCCUCCGCAUCCAUAGUUGGAAUAUACUUCAAGGUGCACUUAUCUAUGUUAAGUUUUAAUGGGAUUGACUAGUUUUAGUCUUAGAUCAGUAUAUGUGGUCUGUAUAUAAGGCAUUAUAAGUAAAUUAUCAGUGUGGUGUGUGCUCGCCCAUCCAUUGAAAUGUGGAAAUAUUGUUAGAAUUGAGUGUUUGUGCUCAUCUAUCAGUAAGUACUUCUCACAGUACGCUUGCAUAAU